AUAAAUCGAUAAAUUCCAUCAAAUUCUUCUUCAGCGUUUCGUAAAACCCCCUUCAUAGUUUUUCAUAUAGUCUCGUCCCUUUUCACAAGGAAACUAGAAAACUAGAAAUGGUUGCCCCAACAAGGAUUGGCCUUGCUGGCCUUGCAGUUAUGGGCCAAAAUCUGGCACUCAACAUUGCUGAGAAAGGAUUCCCAAUCUCUGUUUACAACCGGACCACCUCAAAAGUUGAUGAGACUGUUGAAAGAGCUAAAGAAGAAGGGAAUCUCCCAGUAUAUGGAUUCCAUGAUCCUGAAUCCUUUGUUCAUUCUAUCCAAAAACCCCGUGUCAUCAUCAUGCUUGUGAAGGCUGGGCCUCCUGUUGAUCAAACCAUUAAAACCUUAUCAGUUUAUAUGGAAAAGGGAGACUGUAUCAUUGAUGGUGGCAAUGAGUGGUAUGAGAACACUGAGAGGAGAGAGAAAGCCAUGGCUGAAUUGGGUCUGCUUUACCUUGGAAUGGGAGUUUCUGGUGGUGAAGAGGGAGCUAGGCACGGUCCUUCUUUAAUGCCUGGAGGUUCCUAUGAGGCUUUCAAGCACAUAGAAGAUAUACUCCUUAAGGUGGCUGCCCAGGUUCCUGAUAGUGGCCCUUGUGUCACUUAUAUUGGCAAGGGAGGAUCUGGCAAUUUUGUUAAGAUGGUUCACAAUGGGAUUGAGUAUGGUGAUAUGCAGCUGAUUGCUGAGGCCUAUGAUGUGUUAAAAUCAGUAGGGAAGCUCACAAAUGAGGAGCUACACCAGGUUUUCUCAGAGUGGAAUAAGGGGGAGCUGCUAAGCUUUUUGAUUGAGAUCACUGCUGACAUAUUUGGAAUUAAGGAUGAUAAAGGAGAAGGAUAUUUGGUAGAUAAGGUUUUGGAUAAAACUGGCAUGAAGGGCACUGGAAAAUGGACAGUUCAGCAAGCUGCAGAGUUGUCAAUUGCUGCUCCAACAAUAGCAUCAUCCUUGGAUGGUAGGUUCCUUAGUGGUUUGAAGGAGGAAAGAGUUAAAGCUGCCCAUGUCUUCAAAUCAAGUGGCAUCAGUGACAGUCUAGCUGACCAAGCUGUUGAUAAGAAAAAGCUCAUCGAUGAUGUGCGUCAGGCACUAUAUGCAUCUAAAAUUUGUAGCUAUGCACAGGGAAUGAACUUGAUACGUGCCAAGAGCAUUGAGAAGGGAUGGGGCUUGAAACUUGGAGAACUGGCCAGGAUUUGGAAGGGGGGCUGCAUCAUUCGUGCUGUAUUCUUGGACCGUAUCAAGAAGGCCUAUGAUAGAAACCCAGACCUAGCUAACCUUCUUGUUGAUCCAGAGUUUGCCAAGGAGAUUGUAGAGCGACAGUCUGCUUGGCGAAGAGUUGUCUGCCUUGCUAUCAACUCAGGCAUUAGCACUCCUGGUAUGUCCUCUAGCCUUGCUUAUUUUGACACAUACAGGAGGGAGAGGCUGCCUGCUAAUUUAGUUCAAGCUCAAAGGGAUUACUUUGGAGCUCAUACUUAUGCGAGGAUUGAUGUACCGGGAUCCUUCCAUACUGAGUGGUUCAAGAUAGCUAAACAGUCCAAAAUCUAAUAUCUUUCUGUUGGUGUUAACCUCUGUCCUUGAACCAUUUCCUCUGAAGCCAAUAAUGUACUUCAAUGACUGAGAGACCUUUAUCUUUAUUUUGUUUUCUUGAAAUGAUAUUAUCUCAGUGAAGGUACUCGGAAUCUGGUAUAUUGUCAACAGAUAAAUUUUCAAUAUCUGGUUAAGCUCUGCCUGCAAACCAAACUGGGUCUUGCCUUCUUAUUUUGACCCUGAGAAUAUUUGUGUUUCCUUUUGGUUUCAAAGGUGCUAAAUGCAAUUCCAUUUAGUGCGUGAUGAAUAAAAAAAUAAUGCCAUC